AUGCAACAGAGUGGCAUAUCCUGCCAGCGAAGUUCGUUGCCUGCAGAAUUAUUCCUCAUUCUACCAAUUCUUCCAUUCCAACAGCUUCGCCAUCGUUCACAGCCAGUGGAUAGUAAGGAUGUGCUACACCCAAAUGAUUCGAUUAAGCGAAAGUCGCAUUCAACUUCGAACAGUAUACACACAAUGAGCGACAAGAUGGGGGACAAACUGAAAGAGAUACACAAUAAACGUACAAGAUCCAAGUCUCCGAAGUGUAGAAGCUUCCAUUUGCCAAGAUCUCUCCAAUGCCUUGGUUACCAAGCGCGAAUUUGGCGUCGAAACGGAAGCGUUGGUGAUUACUCAGUGGCCAAAUUGUCAUCAGCAAACAAUAAGGCCAGAACCACUUUUGGCUGCAAUGAAACGCGAGUGGAGACCAGCAUUUUUGCAGAUGCAGACAGCACAAUAAACCGGGAAUUACAAUAUUUAGGGUCAAAAAACACUCAAAAACAAACGGCAACAAGCGCGCCAUUGUUGGGUACAGGGACAACAGAAAUUAAAAACAGGACAUAUAAAGAGGACGGAGAAAACCGGACGGCAAGUUGGAAACUGAAUAAAGCGCCAUGCUCUCUUCACCGGCUAGAUAUUAGCCCAACAAGAUGGCUACGAGAACGUGUUCAAGCUGUUACCAGAUCUACCUGCUACUUAACUAAAUCGGGGCUUCCAGAUCUUGUUAUUACGGGAGCAGAACCUGAGAAAAUGGAAGAUCACUUGAUCUCAACAAUCGCACCUAUGGAGCAAGGAAAUGCAGGUACAAGAAAAGUUUUAGGAUAG